AUGCUCUGGGCACAGGAGGUCCGAAAGGUCAAUACCGACAUCCUCGGACAGAUGCAGCUGAAAGAUUUGUUCAAGGAAUACGUGGAGGACUACAACACGGCCACCAUGCCUUCGAAAAAGUACUACAAUAUCCAGGUAUUCGAGCAGCAAAUGUCCAACAAGCGGCGGAAGAAGAAAGCAGAAACGGUCAUUGAUACUGCACUUCAAAGCUCUUUGGCGUCCUUCGAUGACGAAAAGGCCCGACGAGACGAAGUCCUUGCCUUACGUGCCAAGAAACAGGAGAAUCAGAUUUCCUCGGAGGUGCAGCGCCUGCGAAUGAACAAAGAGAAGGCGGAGGACAUGAAGCACCAGGCCAUGCUGAAGACCCAACAAUCGAUGCUCAGUAAGGCUGGCCAGGUGGAGGCUGCUGGGAAGAUUAGCGAAAGGCUCAACCCAAACAAGGUGGACUAUGCGGAACGUCGGGCCAAGAAGUUGGAUGGUCCGGUGGGCUUCCAACCUGAAGGUCCCAUGACAGACAUGGAGCAAGAAGAGGAACUGUUGGACGCUCAGGAGAUCAAAGAAAGCAUCAGCGAUGUGAGCACCGACGCCAGCCUGUCCCGACACUCUCUGUCAGAGGAUGAUGGAUUGGAGGCAAGCUCGCCAGUUGAGAAGCCGUCCUGGGGGCUGUGGUGCUUCCACCUUGUCUUGUACUACAGCUGCGUGCUCCUCACUGCUGUGGUGCUAUCCAUCCGAAGCAUCCUGGAAAGGUUGGUGGCUGGGAAGCCUGCCACGCAAAAACUUGAGAGGCCAAAAGCCAAGCUCUCCUGGGACAUGUUGACUUCGGCAGAUGAUCCAGCAAAACUGGUUCGCGAGGUGCUGCCAAUCCCGCCGGACUUUCCCGUGCCGAAGGACCCAAAGGAGGACUUCACCGUGACCUUCGGACCCUGCGCCAACCUCAUGAUCUACACAGGAGGCGUCGCCUGCUGCCUACAGCGCUGCCCUAAUUUCGCCGAUGUCAAGCCAAAGCUACGCUUUCGCGGAAACUCCAGCGGCGCCUUCAUCGCGGCGACCAUGGCGGCGGAGAUUGAAAUCAUGCAACUCUUGCCGGAGAUGCUGAGUUGGACGGAGCGCUUUCGCAACCGUUUGUGGGGAAUCGUCGGCGCCUGCUCAGCCAGCAUAACAGAGAUCGU